UAUAUAUUAAUAUAAAAAGCAAAAAUAUAAUAGUCAAAAUAAAAAGGGGUUCGAAAAUAAAAUGCCUUUACUAUAAAUACAUCCCAAGUCACACUCAGUUGAAAGCAUUGGUUUUAUUGUUGUUACUCCUUUUUUGGGCUCGCAGAAUGUGGAACGCAGCGCGAUUCGCCGCGUCCAGUUUGACCCGAUCGACCAGGCGCUUCUCCACGGCGAUUCCUGGUCCCUGUAUUGUCCACAAGCGUGGCGCUGAUAUUCUCCAUGAUCCCUGGUUCAACAAGGACACUGGAUUUCCUUUGACAGAAAGAGAUCGACUUGGGCUUCGGGGUCUCCUCCCACCUCGUGUCAUAUCGUUCGAGCAGCAAUAUGCUCGUUUCAUGGAGUCAUAUCGAUCGCUAGAGAAAAAUACUAAGGGCCAACCAGAAGGUGUUGUUGCCUUGGCUAAAUGGAGGAUCUUAAACAGGCUGCAUGACAGGAACGAGACCUUAUACUACCGAGUCCUUAUUGAUAACAUCCAAGAUUUCGCUCCCGUAAUAUACACUCCUACAGUAGGAUUGGUAUGUCAAAAUUAUUCAGGGUUGUUCAGACGCCCACGUGGAAUGUAUUUCAGUGCAAAGGAUAAAGGGGAGAUGAUGUCUAUGAUCUACAAUUGGCCAGCUCACCAGGUAGACAUGAUAGUCCUGACAGAUGGGAGUCGUAUCCUUGGCCUAGGUGAUCUUGGAGUUCAGGGAAUUGGAAUACCAAUAGGAAAACUUGAUAUGUAUGUUGCUGCAGCUGGCAUUAAUCCACAGAGAAUACUACCGGUUAUGCUUGAUGUUGGUACUAACAAUCAAAAGCUACUUGAAGACCGUCUUUAUUUAGGACUUCGACAACGUAGGUUGGAAGGAGAAGAGUACAUAUCAAUUGUUGAUGAAUUCAUGGAAGCUGUUCAUACACGUUGGCCCAAGGCCAUUGUGCAGUUUGAGGAUUUUCAAAUGAAGUGGGCUUUUGAAACGCUGCAACGUUAUCGUAAAAGGUUUUGCACAUUCAAUGAUGAUAUACAGGGAACUGCCGGUGUUGCACUUGCAGGAUUAUUAGGAGCUGUGAGAGCCCAAGGUCGACCAUUGGCUGACUUUGUGAAACAAAAGAUAGUUGUUGUGGGAGCUGGGAGUGCCGGACUUGGUGUUCUUAACAUGGCUGUACAGGCUGUUGCAAGAAUGGCAGGGAACGGUGAAGCUGCUGCAAAAUAUCAUUUCUUUCUGAUUGAUAAAGAUGGUCUAGUCACAAAAGAGAGGAAGAAUCUUGAUCCUAUGGCUGCACCCUUUGCAAAAGAACCAGGAGCAAUUGAUGGGCUUAUGGAGGGAGCUAGUCUAGUUGAAGUGGUUAAGAAGGUCAAGCCCCAUGUGCUUCUUGGUUUGUCUGGAGUUGGUGGUGUCUUCAGUCAAGAGGUACUUCAAGCAAUGCGAGAGUCGGAUUCAGCUAAACCUGCGAUUUUCGCUAUGUCAAAUCCAACCAUGAAUGCUGAAUGCACUGCUGAAGAUGCUUUUAAGCAUGCUGGUGAAAACAUAGUCUUCGGAAGUGGAAGCCCCUUUGAUAAUGUUGUUCUUGGCAAUGGAAAAGUAGGCCAUGUAAAUCAAGCAAAUAACAUGUACCUCUUUCCAGGGAUUGGUUUAGGUGCACUUCUCGCAGGUGCUCGUCUUAUAUCGGAUGGCAUGUUACAAGCAGCUUCUGAAUGCCUGGCUUCAUAUAUAACAGAUGAAGAUAUCCGAAAGGGCAUCUUGUAUCCAUCUAUUCACAGUAUCCGACAUCUAACAGUGGAGGUUGGAGCUGCUGUCCUGCGGGCAGCUGUUGCAGAAGAACUGGCGGAAGGACAUUGUGAAGUGGGGCCCAGAGAGCUCAUGAACAUGUCAAAAGAGGAGACUCUGGAAUAUGUGACUCGCAACAUGUGGUUCCCAGUUUAUAGCCCUCUUGUUCAUGAAAAAUGAGGCUUUGGUUUUGUAUUAUCAUACACUGUAGGCUGUCGUCGGAGGCUAUAUUUUUUUUGCAGCUCAUAUAUCAAUAGGUCUGCAGCUAAGCAACUUAUUCUUGGUCUGUCUUUCCUGGAUUCAUGGUUUACAAGCUCAGAGAAGUAGAAGGCAAAGAAGGGAACAGAAAUAAGUCCCUCUUAUUAAACUGAAAAGAAAGUAGAAACCCAUUUGUUUGAACAAUGCAUAAUUAUGGGACUAAUAUUAGUGCAAUGUCUUUGUGUUAA